AUGUACUUCACUCGCCCUUCUCGCUUCCUCUUUGCCUUCGUGGCCAUCGCCAAGGCCACAGUGGCCCCCUCCUCCUUCGCAGCAUCCGACAAGAUCCCCGUGGCUGCCCUCAACCGAGCUGUCGACGGUAUGAACAAGGUCCCUCCUCUGGCAACCUACCCUGUCAGCAUCAAGAACGACUCGGCACUGUCGACCAUCCACAGUGACUGGGCGUCCUUCCAGGAGGGGGCGGCCUUCGUCUUCAGGGCAGACAUGGACAUCGACUGCGACGGGAUCAACUUCCAGUGUGUUGGAAACCUCGAUGGGCAGCCCCUGACCAACUGGGGUGCCCUCUCCGCCUACGAGGUCCCCUUCAUCGUGAUCCCCAAUCGGUUCCUCGAGGCCAACCCGACGGCCACCCCGGGAAACAACGUUGCAGCGGUAAUCUGCAACAACAAGAUGUACUAUGGUAUCCUCGGAGAUACUAACUACAACGACCCGCAGGUGACGGGUGAGGCCUCCUGGCUUCUCUCGCGCGCCUGCUUCCCGGAUGCCGACCUCAACGGCAACCGUGGUCACGACGAACCCGACGUGACCUACGUCCUUUUCGCCGGUGAACAGGCGGUUCUCCCAGAGACCGCCCACAACGACAAAUUCAUCACCGACUUCGGGACACUCCGCUCCAUGGGUGACAGCCUUGUCACCUCCCUCCUCGGGAACCUGGGGAUCCCCCUCCUCCCUCCGGGUUCCCACCCCAACGACACCCAGGGUGGUCCCGACAACGACAACGACUCCGACAGCCACCCUGGCACCGAACUCGACUCUGCCUCCUCGAAGAGGCUUCCCUAUGCGCUUUUGGCGCUUUUUAUGUUUUUCCUUGUGGUUUUGGCAACUUGA